UCCUCGCUGAAAAAGUACCUCGACACUACGAUUAACAAUAAAAAAGUGAAAAUAAAAUUUUUCAUUUCAAAAUAAUUAAUUACUAGCGUGACAUAGAAGGAAAUAAUAUAAGCUCACUAGCACGAAUUUUUCAACGCCACUUAAGCUAAUUAUCACGGGACAAUUUUAUCCGUAAUACUAAACGAGUAAAACACGUAACAAUACAAGCAAUGGCCAAUUAAUUAUUAAUUAAUUAAUUAAUUAAUUAUAAAUAACCGCGAAUUUUUGUUCCUCUCUGCCAGUCCGCGAAAUUUUUCACACCUGCACCAUCUCAUUUUGCGUUUAUUCAGACUCCGAAUUUGAAAAAUAAAUGGAAUCAACGGAAGAUUUGAUAAAAGUUGUGAUCAAUAAGAACAGUAAAAUAAAUACAGAAACAAUAAAAAACUUAUUGAAACCCAUGACGUUGAUUUCAUGGAUUCUUUCUGCCGGAAUAUGUCACCCAGAUUGUUCGAAAAUAACAACAAUACUAAUACGUAUCAUAAAUUUGAUAAUUUGUACUACAAUAGUUGCUUACGGCGCGUUAGAUUUUUUCUUCUUUGAGAACGUAUUCAAAAGUGAUACAUUCAAAAUAAUGUAUUACACAAAUAAAGUGACAUGUUAUGUGUCAUCAUACUGGUGCGUAAUACAAGGAAUCGCGCAGCACAAAAAAUGGCCGGUGUUGGUUCACAAAAUGGUGGCGAUUGACAAAAAAAUGAGCAGACAUGCUUUCAUGGAAUGCAAUAAUCGUUUGAUAUAUAAGUUCCAAAUAUUUUCAGUGAUCACUACUGUCAUAAUGGGGCCAUUUUCACUUAUUUGUCAUGUGGUUUAUUACUACAACAUUCGGCCCGAAGAUCUUUUUGCGUCUGAUCUAUUGCUCUAUCAUACAAUCGCCCAAUCAUUAUCUAUGAAUCUGUAUUUUGAUAUUAUAGUUUUGUUUAUUUAUUCAAGAUUGAAGGGGCUCAAUAAUGGAAUUAAAAAAUUCCAUGGCUGCAGUUCGGGGACUGUUGUAUUGGAAAUACGACGAAUUAGAGAAAUUUAUAGUGGUAUUUGCAAUCUUGUGAGAUACGUUAACAACAUUUAUGGUGUCCACUUACUCCUGAGUACCUUAAACUCAUUUACAAUGGUCGUGGCGACCUUAUUCAGAAUAUACAUGGGCGUCGUUGAAGAAAAAAAUAUUUUCAUCCUAAUUAAUAACUUAAUAUGGAUUAUUUAUACCGUACAGGUGACAUUAAACUGUUUCGUUUGCACAUUCGUCCGAGGGCAAUCCAAAAAAACCGAAAUCAUAACUCACAAAAUAAUUAUUAGACGGCUGUCAAAGUGUCCGAGACCCUAUGAAUUAUAUUCAGUAGACGUAAAUCGGUCAUGUGAUCCGGAAAUUUAUUUACAACGAGAAAUAAAUAAUUUUUCAUCCCAACUUCAUCACUCGACAAUGAGUUUCAAUGCGUGUGGAUUUUUUUUAAUCGACAAUAAACUUUUACGAAGCUUUAUCGGAGUCAUUACAACUUAUUUGAUAAUUCUCGUACAAUUUUAUGUACCAGAAGGAAAAAAUAUCAAUAAACUUCAUACUAAUGAGACAAGUGAAUCGUAAAAAAUAAUCAAUC